GGCUACUAUGCAUAAUCGGACCGUUCCUCGUAGUCGUCGCCACUCCAACUAUCCGUCUUAUGGACCUUGACUAUCGGACCUUGAUUCUAAACUAAACAGGGGUCUUUGCUUCUUUCUUUCGACUUGCGGCAAGUUGUCCCGCUGCGUCCUAUGGUUGCUGUUGCGUUGGAAGCAGCAGUGCGAAGGACGUGCAAUCACCAACGACCGAAUACUAUAAAGCCGGUCUGGUCCAACCACCCAGUCAGUCUUCAGAGGCACCACCCCUUCAUCACAACAUCUUCCAUCCAUAUCACAAACAUUUCCAUUCAAGCAUACACGAAAGAACAACUUCGAAUUCGCUCAACAUGAAGCUUCUCUUCCCCGUCCUUGCCUCUGUGGCUCUCGCAGCUGCCGCUGAGAAAGUCUACUCGCCAUCGGCCGACAUUACUUGCAACUCGGGCGCCAACGGCGGUUGGGAAUGUUAUCGCGGUCAAGAUGGAGAUGCUGAAGUCCAAGAGGUCGUGAUUCACAAAGGGCUCGAGGCUCGACAUGAGAAAAGACAAGGCUCAUGCGACAUUAACUUGCCGUGGGUCUCGGCUUGUGCGAUUAGCUGCGCGACGCAGCUGUGUAACAGAUCUUGGUGCGAGAAGGGUAUUUGCCACUGCGCCGAAUGUUGAGAGGGCUUUGGCAGCGUUCAGUAUGGAACAUCAUGCUACGCGAGUUGCGAGAGCAGGACUGGGGGUUGGUUAUGUGCAGAGUGCAUUGGGUCAAGUCGCUGUUUGUUUAACUUAGUCGCUCCU